AUGCCUCCUUCAACGAGUUCACUUCUUUCAAUCCUGCUUACUCUCAGCUCCACACUCAUCCCUGACCCGGUAUUCGCCCACUCUCAUCUCUCCCACAUCGUCGUCAACGGGGCUCUCUACCACGGCUAUGACCCGCGAAGCCCCGUUAAGAACCCUGAUAGCAACAAAACAUACAACAAUCCCAGACCCAACCAUCCUGGUAGUGUUGCUUGGUCAUAUGCCGCUUUCGACGAUGGCUUCGUCGCCCCAGAAAAUUACUCACAUCCGGAUAUAAUUUGUCACAUCGGUGCUACCAGCCCCAAAGCCCAUGCUCCCGUUCGCCCAGGCGAUCUAAUCCACAUUCAAUGGAACGGUUGGCCUGUGGGGCACGUCGGUCCUAUCCUGACAUACAUCGCUCCCUGCAAAAGCCAGUCCGGGUGUGCAGGUGUGGAUAAGACGACCCUGAGAUGGACAAAAAUUGAUGAGUCUCGUCCCGUACUAGAGAUUCUCCCGAACAAUGAGAAUCGCUGGGAUGUGGAACACGGCCGGGCUGGCAUAGUAGGAAAGAGGUGGGCCACAGAUGUGAUGGUUGCUGCCAACAACAGCUGGCAGGUAGAGGUGCCAAGGGGUUUGGCGCGCGGGGCGUAUGUGAUGAGACAUGAGAUUAUUGCAUUGCAUUUUGCGGCGAAGAGGGGAGGGGCGCAAAAUUACCCUGUGUGCUUUAAUCUGUGGAUUGAGGGAGAGAAAGAGGGGAGCGUGACGCUAGAUGGGUAUGAUGCUAGGGAGUUUUAUCGGGAUGAUCAUAUUGGCGUGUGGGUAAAUGUCACAGCUCCAGCGCUGGCGAGUUACAUCAUUCCGGGGCCAACGAUAGCCAGCUGGGCUAUGCCAGUCCCGUAUGCGCAGCAGACCUCGAUGUUACUGAGAUCAGAGGGAACUCCCGUUGUUGUGACGAGGAGUACAGAGACCGUACUGUGGACUGCAGAGGUGACACCUACACCUACCGGCCAAGCUGUUCGACACAGGUAUCAUCUUAGGGGUUAA